UCUGUCGCGAUUGACAAGGAAAGUGUCGAACUUGGUGUGGUGCUGAGGGACAGCAACAGCAGCAAGUGUGUACUCUGUAUUCUUCUCUGUUUCUUCCAUGGAUGUCCGUCCUGCUUGUACUCGAAGUUCCCGCAGGUUCCGCCUAUAUGUAGGGAGUUCCAAAAAACACUCUGAAAUUCAGAUUGAAAGGUCAAAGAGCUCCGGCUGUCUUCUGCAUCUGUGGUUAGAUUUUUGCUGGCACUUGCGUUCUUGCAGCAGCUCUUACCACGUUGCGUCCAUCUCUGCAUCACGUUAGACGGCUAAUCUUCCCACGACGAAAGGGCUAGCUCGUCCCACAGCACGGGAUAAUCACAGCCGUCGCUCUCCUCCCGCACCUCCUUCCCGAUGACACACCAGGUCGCCACGUGCAGGCCAGCGCCCCACGCGCGGGCCCACCGCGCGCUGGCCCACCGCUCCCUAUCCUCGUCCACAGCGCUGUCCAGCGCUCGCGCACUCAAGCCCCCCACGCCCGCCGUGCUCCUUGCCACGCGCCGCUCCUCAUGCCGGCUAACCGUCCGAGCGGUCCUGGACAAGUCGUCUAGCCGCAGCAGCGACAGCAGGAGCGGCAGCAGCGCGGGGCAUGGUGGCGGCAAGGUGGGCAACGACGCGCUGGAGGCGGCGCGGUCGGCGCUGGAGCGGCUGUUCCAGCAGGCGCACGCGCACGAGCAGAAGCAGAAGCUGCUGGGCCCCGCGGCGGCGCCCGCCGACGCGACAGCCGCGUCGGUGGCGUUCCUGGAGGACGCCGUGCAGCAGCUCGAGGUGGACCUGUCGGCCGUCUUCGAGGCGCUCCGGGAGAAGGAGGGCGAGCUCGCCCUCGACGAGCGCCGCGUCGCCGACGAGCGCGCGAGCAUGGUGGCGGCGCGAGAGGUGCUGAUGGCGCGGGAGGCGCAGCUGGAGGAGAGGCAGGUGGCGCAGGGGGAGAUGCGAGACGAGGCGGAGCAGCUGCGCCGGAAGGUGCGGGAACAGGGCGCGGAGGUGGAGGAGGUGAAGCGCGCAGUGGCGGAGCGAGAGGCGGAGCUGGCGCGCGCGAAGGAGGUGCUGGCGCUGAAGGAGGAGGAGAUAGCGCGCGCGCACCUCGCAAUCCGCCAGCGCAACGAGCGCAUCGAGGCGGCGGAGCUCGACGCCAAGGCGCGCGAGAUGCAGCUGGCGGCGGCGGAGGCGGAGCUGCGGCGGCUGGAGGCGGACGUGACGGCGGCGGAGGAGGAGGGCAGACAGGCAGCGCAGGAGGCGGAGGCCGCGCGGAGGGAGCUGCAGCGGCAGGAGGCGAAGCUGACGGCGAUGGCGGAGGAGCUCGAGGGGCGCGCGCAGGUGGUGGCGGCAGCGGAAGACGAGAUCAGUGCGCUGUCCGCGCGGCUGCGGGAGGCGGGUGCGGGCGGGGAGCAGGUGGAGCGCGAGGUGUCGAGCGCGCGGCGGCUGGUGGGCGAUCUGAAGGCGGAGAUGACGUCAUCGAGCGGCGCUGUGGAGGCGUUCCGCGCGCAGGUGAAGGAGCUGCGGCUGGCGGUGGCGCGCAAGGGGCGCGAGGCGUCGUCGGCGCGCGUGCAGCUGCAGAAGCGUGACAAGGAGCUCAACCGCGCGCGGGGCGAGCUGGAGCGCGACAAGGCGGCGUUGAAGGCCGCCAAGGCGCGCGUGGCGGAGCUCGAGAAGCAGGUGCGCGCGCAGGUGGACGAGGCGGAGCGGCUGCGCAGCUCGGUGAACGCGGAGCGCGCGGAGAUGCGCUCUGCUAGCGCGGAGCUGGCGCAGCUGCGGAAGGAGUUCCGCCGGGUGGACGGCGAGCUGCGCGAGGCGACGCUGGCGCUGCAGGUGAAGGAGGCGGAGAUCGUCGGCCUGCGACUGCAGCUGCGCGACGCGCAGGCGAAGCUCGCGACGUCGCAGGCGGACCUGGCGACUCGCACGGCGGACCUGAUGGCGGCGCAGCGGGCGAUGGUGGGCAUGCGGCGGGAGCUGAAGGCGGUGAAGGUGGAGCUGCGCGUGAAGGAGGAGCGCCUGGCGGGCAUGGCGGAUGAGAUGCGGGCCAAGGACGCGCGGCUGGCGCGCGUGGAGCAGCAGCUGGACGGCAGCAACGCGCGCCUCCUCGUCGCCGAGUCCACGGUGCAGCAGAUCGCGCAGCUCUCGCAGCACCUCGCCGAAUCCGCGCUCGACGCCGCCGACCGCCUGGGGCUGGGCCCGGCUGUGUCGCUGGACGCGCUGCCCGCCGCCGGGGGGAGGCGGCACGUGGGCGCGCACGGCGGGGUGGGCGAGAGCGCGCUGCUGGCGGAGACGAACCAGCAGCUGUUCGCCGCCAGCCGCGCGCUGCUGGAGCGCGACGCCCAGGUGCACCGCCUGCAGGUCUCCGCGCGCGAGGGGCGGCAGGCGGAGGCGCGGCUGCGCGGGGAGCUGCAGCUGGCGCAGGAGGAGCUGCGCGGACGGGAGGGUGAGGUAGAGGAGGCGCGCGCGGCGCUGCACGAGCGCGAGGAGGAGGUGCGACGGCUGCGCGCGCGGUGGGGGGAGCGCGAGGGCGAGCUGAGUGCCAUGCGCGACGAGGUGGUGGCGGGCGCGCGGGAGAUCGGCGAGCUGAAGCGCGCCAUCACGGGGGCGGGCGGGGCGGGCGAGGGGGAGGGGGAGGAACUGGCGGACGAAGUGGUGAAGCUGGAGCUGGAGGUGGCGAAGGCGGAGGCGGAGACGGCGAUGAUGGCGCUGCGCGGGCUGCUGGACCUCAGCUGCCAGCUCAGGGACGACGCGCACCACCACGCCGCGCACCCGCGCCUGGCCGUGCACGCCCGCGCGCAGGUGCAGGAGCGGGCAGGGGUGCAUGCGGGGGUGUUGAGUGUGGCAGGCGACGUGCCACGGGAGGAGGCGGCUCUGGCGGUGCGGCGGCACGUGGCGCAGAGGGAGGAGGCGCUGGGGCUGGCAGCGCGCGCCAUGGGGGGGCUGAAGCGCCUCACGCGCAAGCUGGUGGUGGAUGCUGAGAGCGAGAUGGCAGGCGUUAUGGGGGGCGCUGCUUGACAGGGCGUCAUGGGGGGCGCUGCUUGACUGGGCGCUAGAGCAGCAGCUGAGGACGGGGUUUGAAUAGCGUCUCAGCUCACAACGCCAGCUGGUGGUGGAAGCCACUGGUAGUAGUUGUCUAGUCUUUGUGUAGGCGGUCUGGACAGACCUGUGUAUAAUGUGCAAGCCUGCGCCUUAGCAACAACCACGUCACAUGGAGAGCAGGGCUGACGUUUCAAAAAGGCCACCCUUAGUUGUCGAAUAGCGCGCUUCGACGAUGCUUUAGAUUGCGUUACAAGCAGCUUCGCAUUCACAAUACAAAAUUUUAAAAGUG